CCGUGGUCACCCAUCCGUUUCCUGCCUCAGCAGCAGAGUUGUAUCGGGAGACAGGGAAGACCGAACAACACCAUAACCUCAACCAACUCUACAAUGAAACUACCACCAAUAGUAUCCUCUCUCGAUGUCGGCUUCUUCACGAUACUGCUGGUUACUGGUCUCUCCACUCCAGGCCAGGCUGAAAUUACCAGUCUAGACACAGGAAACAUUGAAGACAUCCUCAACAAUGCUGGAGUGGCGAUGGUUAAUUUCUAUGCAGACUGGUGUAGAUUCAGCCAGAUGCUCCAGCCUAUCUUUGAGGAGGCAUCGAACAUCGCGAGGGAGGAGUUUCCUGAUGUCACUCAGGUGGUGUUUGCGCGCGUCGACUGUGAUCAGCACUCUGACAUAGCUCAGCGGUACAGGAUCAGUAAGUACCCUACGUUGAAGUUGUUCCGUAAUGGUAUGAUGAUGAAGAGGGAGUACAGGGGUCAGAGGUCAGUCACAGCCAUCGCUGACUUCAUCCGCCAGCAGAAGGUCGAUCCCAUUAAAGAAAUACACAGUCUGGAGGAGGUCAACACUGCGGAUAGGGACAGGCGUAAUAUUAUUGGUUACUUUGACCAGAAGGAUUCUGAGAACUACCACACGUUUGAGAAGGUGGCCAACAUCCUCCGAGACGACUGUGUGUUUCUCGCUGCCUUCGGUGACGUGUCCCAGACAGAGAGGUUCAGUGGUGAUAAUGUGAUCUAUAAACCGAUGGGGGAGACUGUUCCUGACAUGGUGUACCUGGGCUCACUAACCAACUUUGACCUAACCUACGCUUGGGCGCAGGACAAAUGUGUCCCUCUGGUCCGCGAGAUCACCUUCGAAAAUGGAGAGGAGCUGACUGAAGAGGGGAUCCCAUUCCUCAUCCUGUUUCACGUGAAGGAGGACACGGCGAGCUUGGAGAAGUUCCAGCACGAGGUGGCACGCCAGCUCAUCAGCGAGAAAGGAUCUAUAAACUUUCUGCAUGCGGACUGUGAAAAGUUCCGUCACCCACUGCUACACAUCCAGAAGACUCCAGCAGACUGUCCUGUCAUUGCUAUAGACUCCUUCAGACACAUGUAUGUGUACCCUGAGUUCAGAGACAUUGAGAUCCCUGGGAAGCUGAGGCAGUUUGUUCUGGACCUCCACUCUGGGAAGUUACACAGAGAGUUCCACCACGGCCCAGACCCGACAGACAGCACACCUGGACAGGAGGAGAUCGGUGAGGUGGCCAGUAACCCACCAGAGAGUUCCUUCCAGAAGUUAGCCCCCAGUGAGACGCGCUACACACUCCUCAGGGACCGUGAUGAACUGUGACCUCAACGACUUUACCACAACCCUGACCUAUGACCCACGACCCCAUGGCAUGCCCCGGAGUCAGUGUCCAGAGUCAGGACAGGCCAGCGGGAUGGGACAGCAACACCCCAACUCACCCCCAACACCCUUAAUGGAGAGAGAGGAGGAAGAGAGGAUCAGGAAGACCAGAGAGUAGGUUAAAUCCAGGACAGUCGUGUUGGAAUAACCUAUAUUUUCAUAACUCUUACGUGUACAAUUUUUUAUUUUAGAUAAAAAGGAUGAAACCAGAAGAAGAAAAUGGUGUGGGGUGGGGGGAUUAGGACAAAAAAAGAAGCAAAGCGUUUUAACUUUUAUUUUUGGAGCUUGUAAAUAAUAAUAGUGCUUGUGCUGAGUGAGCGUUGGUCUUUGUCAUCCUGAUCUAAAUUAAAAACCAAUUUACUUUAGGUUCAAAAACAUGUAGCGCCCUUUUUUCCCUUUUUUUGACGAGUGAGAUCCCUUUCUCCGGUUGUUCAGUCUCAUUACGGUUCUUAUCUGUGUGUAGUCCAGCUCAGUCCCAUUACGGUUCUUAUCUGUGUGUAGUCCAGCUCAGUCCCAUUACGGUUCUUAUCUGUGUGUAGUCCAGCUCAGUCCCAUUUGAGUGAGAGAGGGUUCUGGUCCUGGAGGACUACAGUGUCUCGGCUGCAUCUUAAUAGUUUACCCCCCUCUCCUCCUUUCCUUUAUUUAAACUGAUGUGAAAGCAUAUUUCUGGCAGGUAUCCACCAUGCUGCUUCCACCUAUCCUAUGAUUUCAAAUAGGAUGAGAGGAGAUGAGGAAAAGAACACAUUGUAGAAUAUUGAGAUGCAGCUUUCCUCUCCCUGGUACUAAACUCAUGCAACUGAUUAGCCAGAGAGCCUAUUCACCUAAGUCACGUUCAGGAGGCACAAAAUGUUUAUAAACAACGGAGGUACUACUAUAAACUGUCCAAUAGUUAAAUGUUUGUUUCCAUUGUCUGUCAGAAAAGCAUUUUCUUCCUUUUGUACUUGAACGUGCCCCAGAUCUGCAAUACUGACUCAGACGGUAGUUCCUAAAGGCUGAGAGGUGUCAGUCAGACACUGCGGCUCUAGAGGACAGGAGGGGAACCUCACACUGAAGGAGAAAAAUCAGACUCUGGGCUGCAUCUCAAUCCUCUGCAGUGGCUUCUUCUCCAUCUGCACUGGUCUGACACAGGCCAGGCCACGCCCACUUAGCAACAAGUCCAGGUGACAGCAAUAUGGAAGAAGCUGACCUGGAAAGUAUCCUUAUUUCACCUGUCACUCAAAUCAGUUCAGAUGGAGCAAUGAAAGGAGACGAGGAGUAUUGAGCUGCAUGCUGUGUGUUUAUUUAUAGUACUGUGUGUACAGUCCCUCCCUAGAACCCAACAGUACCCUGAUCUGACUAGUCACGAAGGGAGGGUUAAAGGGGGAGAAAUCUCAUUUCUAAAUCAGUCUUCUCGGAGAGGGAGAAAAUAAAACAAGUAAAUGAAACCAUUUUACAGGA